AUGGCUGAAUCUCCGGUUGACGAAAUUCUUCAGCGAAACAAAAACUUUGCCACGACCCAUAGGCCAUACAAAUUCUUUUCUGAGGGUCAAGGUUCGAAGAGACCGUCGAUACUCAUAAUAACCUGUCUCGACCCAAGAUGCAACCCUGAAGAGUUCUUCAGUCUUUUACCAGGCGAUGCUGCUAUCAUACGCGUCGGGGGUGGUAGAGUUGCUCCGCUCAUCGCCCAAAUUAUUUCCUUGGACUGCUUCCUCGGCAGCCUCAAAGAGAUAAUGGUGAUUCAUCAUACAGACUGCGGAGCUACUCACAUGACUGAGAAGAUGAUUCACGACCACGUUUUGAAGGAAGACGGAGUUACCAUCGAGGAUGCAGCCCAGCUGGUGCUUCCGUUCAUUACUGACCUGGAAAAAAGUGUUCGGGACGAUGUCAAAUUGCUGAAAGCAUCGAGAAUCAUUCGUCGUGAGCUGAGGGAGAAUGCGAGCGGCUAUCUUUACGACGUCAAGUCUGGACUUGUCCGGCGUGUCUAA